AUGCUGCGGGUGACCAAGCUGGCGUCGCGCGUCGCCGCUCACCGGCCGUGGCGUCGCCCCGUGUGCGGCGGCACCCCUCUGCUGGCUUCCGACAAGGUGAAAGGUCAGAAGAAGGAGCGGAAGCCUGAGCCCAAAGCCGAAAAACAGGAAGUGGAGAUAAGGCGGACCAUGACGGUGGAGGCCCUGGCGCGAGCUAUGAACAGACACGAGGAUGACGUGUUGGAGGCUCUGGUGAACACGGCGCUGGACGUUUCAUCUUUGCACUCGCGCUCCGUGCUGGAGGAGCGUUGGAUCAAGGAAGCGGUGAAGCUCUCGGGGAUGAAGUUCCGCUGGGAGAAGCUGAGCGAGCCGCCGCCGCCGCCGCGCCAAGACAGAGACGCCGUGCCCGGACCUCCCGACGAGGCCGGUCGGAUGGCGCCGCGCCCCCCGGUGGUGACCGUCAUGGGUCACGUGGACCACGGCAAGACCACGCUCUUGGACGCCCUGCGUAAAAGUCAAGUGGCCGCCUCCGAGGCCGGCGGCAUCACGCAGCACAUCGGAGCCUUCGGAGUGGAGUUGCCGACGGGCGAGCGGAUGACCUUUCUGGAUACGCCCGGGCACGCCGCCUUCUCGGCCAUGAGGGCCCGCGGCGCCCUCGCCACCGACAUCGUGGUCCUGGUGGUGGCCGCGGACGACGGCGUCAUGACGCAGACGGCGGAGUCCAUCCGCCACGCCAAGUCGGCCGGAGUCCCCGUCAUCGUGGCGAUCAACAAGUGCGACAAAGCCGACGCCGACCCCGAGAGAGUGAAGCGGGAGCUGCUGGCUCACGACGUGGUGUGCGAGGACCUGGGCGGCGACGUCCAGGCCGUCCCCGUGUCCGCCCUGACGGGCCACAACCUGGGGGCGCUGGCCGAGGCCGUGGCCGCGCUGGCCGAGGUGCUGGAGAUCAAGGCCCGGCACGACGGCGCCGCCGAGGGCCUCGUCAUCGAGAGUCGGACCGACAAAGGCAAAGGCCCCGUGACGACGGCGCUGGUCCAGCGGGGGACGCUGCGGCGCGGCUGCGUGCUGGUGGCGGGCAAGACCUGGGCUAAGGUCCGCUCCCUGACGGACGAUCGCGGUCGCUCCCUGGAGGAAGCCCUGCCCGGGACAGCGGCAGAGGUGGUCGGCUGGAGGGAGGCGCCCUCUGCCGGGGACACCGUCCUGGAGGUAGAGUCGGAGCGACGAGCGCGCGAGGUGUCGGAGUGGCGCCUCCACCGGGAGGCGUCGGAGCGUUUGACGGAGGAGGAGAGCGUCGUAUCGGCCGAGCGCCAGCGCCACCGCGAAGCCUACGAGGAGGAGCGGGCGCGUUUGGCGCACUUGACCUGGCGCCAGAGGAGAGUGCUGCUGUACCGCCGAGACAAGACGGCCUUCGCCCGCCGGCCCUCCGAGAAAACCGGGGCUCCCGAGGGUCCCCGACUGGCGCUGGUCGUCAAAGCGGACGUGGACGGCUCGCUGGAGGCCAUCGUGAACAUCUUGGACACCUACGACGCCGAGAAUCAGUGUCAGCUGGACGUGGUUCACGUCGGCGUGGGUGACAUCUCCGAAACUGAUGUCAACAUGGCGCAGACAUUUGGAGGCAGCGUUUACGGCUUCAACGUGUCGGCGAGCAAGUCUGUCCUGCGGACGGCGGCGCGUCACGACGUCCCUGUCAAGACUCACGCCGUCAUCUACAAAAUGAUGGACGAGUUGAAGGCCGACAUCAGCGGGCGGCUGCCGCCGCGGGUGACCCACGAAGUCCUGGGCGAGGCGGCGGUGCUGGCCGUCUUCGACGUGACCGCGGCGGGCAAGAAGAAGACGGCGGUGGCCGGCUGUCGCGUGCUGAAAGGCCAACUGGAGCGCAAGAUGAAGUUCCGCCUGCUUCGAGGGGAGGACGUGCUGUGGGAAGGUGGCCUGCUGGCGCUCAAGCAUCACAAAGACGACGUGAGCACCGUCAAGUCGGGCACAGAGUGCGGCCUCUCGCUCGACGGGGAAGCGGCCUUCCAGCCCGGUGAUGUCAUUCAGUGUUUCCGGGAAGCCGAGGUCCCGCAGGUCACCGCCUGGGACCCUGGAUUCUGA